ACACGCAGGAGUUCAUCGGGUUCGCGACGCUGCCGGAGCAGGUGCACCGAAAGAGCGUGAAGCGAGGGUUCGACUUCACGCUCAUGGUGGUGGGCGAGGCGGGGCUCGGCAAGUCCACGCUCGUCAACAGCCUCUUCCUCACUGACCUGUACAAGGAGCGGAAGGUCCCCACCGGCGAGUCCAUGGUCAAGAAGACAGUGAGCAUCGAGAAGAAGACCAUUGAGAUCGAGGAGAGAGGCGUGAAGCUGAGGCUGACCGUGGUCGACACCCCAGGUUACGGCGACGCGGUGAACUGCGAGGAGAACUGGAAGUCCGUGGAGCGCUACGUGGAUGAACAGUUCAACAAGUUCUUCCAAGACGAGUCGGGCCUCAACCGGAAGAACAUCCAGGACCACAGAGUGCACUGCUGCCUCUAUUUCAUCCCGCCCUACGGAACGGCCUAACCCCGCCCCCCUCGUUGCAGGUUGCGCCAGAUGGACGUCGAGUUCAUGAGGCGGCUGCACAAGAAGGUUAACAUAGUGCCAGUCAUAGCCAAGGCGGACACGCUCACCAAACCGGAGAUUCAGAAGCUUAAAACCAAUCUGCUAAAUGAUAUAGAAGAUAAUAAAAUUAAGAUCUACCAGUUUCCUGAAUGUGAUUCAGAUGAAGAUGAGGAAUUCAAGCAGCAAGAUCGGGAAUUGAAAGCUUCCAUACCAUUUGCUGUGAUUGGGUCGAACUGUGUGAUUGAGGUUGCGGGGAAGAAGAUGAGAGGGAGGCAAUAUCCUUGGGGCAUCGUAGAAGUGGAGAAUCCUGCACACUGUGACUUUGUAAAGCUGCGAACCAUGCUCAUAUCAACUCAUAUGCAGGAUAUGAAGGAAGUCACGCAGGAUAUCCAUUAUGAGAACUUUAGGGCUCAGUGUAUAUCUCAGAUGCAGCAGGUAGCACUGAAGGAGAGAAACAAGUUAAAAAGAGAGAGUGCAGCCAAUUUCGACACUGUUGGUGACACAGAUAAGCUGCUUCAGCAAAAGGAUGAGGAAAUUCGCCGAAUGCAGGAGAUGCUGAGUCAGAUGCAGGAGAAAUUGAAAGAAUCUGGUAAGGACCCGAGUGCCGCUCUCUCCCUUGAGCCUGGUAAACGAGAUUCCGUGGUCAACGUGUGACAUCACAACUCCUCCCUAUCCUUCAAUUACUUUGUAGUUACUGCCUGUUUGAUGUGGUGUCUCAACAAACUGUUCAUGAUGUCAUUAGUGUGUUCUUGUGAUAACCCAACCAUUUCUGCUUGUUCAUGACGACAGUCCACACCCUCUGUUUGUGUGGAGGAAGGAGUAAAUGGUUUUGGCAAGUAGUCCCACAUUCAUACACACCCUUCAACACUGCUGUCAUAUGGCAUUGGUAUUUAAAAUUGUCACCAAAGGUUCCAUAGUGGAAACUGAAGUAUUUACUUCCAUCCUUUUUCUUCUCUUUACAUCAAAGGUAUUCAGUGUUACCUCUGGUAAAUACCAUUGGUAUUUUACCCAUAUGUAUUUUGAGACAUAUAUGCAUUUUUUUCCCUUUCGUACUCUAUUAUGUAAAGAUCUUGCUGUAAGAAAUGAGAGCUGCCAUAUGGUCUCACUGGAUGAUGCUACUGACUAGUAGUUACAUGUGCUUUUUAUCACUUGUAUUGAUAUAAUGUAUGCUGGGACAAUAUAUUAUGUUAAAUCCUUGAUUUGCUGAAUAUCAUUAUAUUCUGUUACUUUUGUGUAUUUUUUAUUAUGAUUUCUGUGUUCUUUAACCAGGGUUAAUUUUGUAAAUAUUUUUCCUCUGACUGUAACUUACCUUAUUUUAUAAAUAAACAUUUCUUAAUAGUCAAACAAAUGCUUGAAAACAUGUGGUAUGUUUGUAUAUUUCUGACUGUCCAACGUGAUGGGAUCAACCCUGAACGGCAAAUGACUUUGUAUCAUACAACUGUAUAGAAAUGUGAAUCGAUUCAAA